AUGUCGACAUUCAUUUUCCUUUAAAGAACAUUGCUAUCGACCAGUUAGACUUUUAACAAGUUUAGUAGAAAAUAGUAAUUCAAGUCGUAACAAAGUGAUAGCAGAUAGCAGCACAUUGUGCAACUCAGUUUAUAUUAUUUUUAUAUUUAUUAUUUAAAAGUUAAAUUUGUAAAUUUAAAGCGUAUUACCUUCAUGGAAACCGAUGGAAUAGAAUUGAGCAGCAGAAGGAAUGGAGAAGGUAACACAACUGCUGUGGUUAACUUGCAGGCGCCCAAAAAGUUAUUAUACUUCAGCGAUGGGGUCAUGGAAGAAUAUUCUGAUAGCGAAGACGAAUGUGAUGCAGCAGGAAAGAACACUGAAGAGUGUGUAAAUGUGAAAGAUUUAGAAUGGGCUCCGUAUAUGCGUUUUAAAGCAAAUAAGAUGGGAACUAAGGUGCUAUCGGGUAUAGAUUAUGUUGGAGGUGGGCUCGCAUCGUUUUUUGGACUAACACCCUCAGAAGUUGAAAUAGCGGCCGCAAAGAGAAGAGUUGCAUUUGAAGAUACAACAGAUGAAGAACAAAGCAAUAAUACGUGGAAUUCAACCCAGAGCAAUGCGGUUAUUGUAUCGAAGCAACUUAAAAACACAAAUUAAAUGUCAACUAUUGUUAUUAUUAUUAUUUAUAUAAAGUUGGUUUAAAAGUAUUCAUACAUUAUGUGCAUAUGUACACAAAAUAAUUAUGCUAUUCCUUAAAUGUUAAUAAAACUUACAUAUAUAGUUUUGUA